CAUGUGUUUCUGCUCUUCUUCUGUUACUUGCUCUCUACCUAUGAUUGCAUAACCUGAUUUCUGGUCUGUUUUCUUUAUUAAUUUAUAAUUGUUGGGGUUUCCAUAAUUUCUCCCCCGGGUUUUAUUCAUCUUUGUGUGACUAACUUCUGAAUCUUGUUCGUUUUGAUAAAAAAAAUUGCACGUUUUCUGAUUUGGUUUGGUCUGUUAAUUUCAGAGGAGGAAAAAGAUAGAGAUUUUAUUGAAUGGAAUACAGAGCUUAUAAUUUAAAGGAUUCGUGGGAGCCUAUUAUUUUCAUUCACUUUCUAACUUUUGGUAUUUAUGUGCAAUUUAGACAUAUAGUAAAAGUACAAUGAUUGAGGCCCCUAAUUCACGCAGCAAGUUAGGUUUAUUGCUUCUUACAUUUUGAACUAUUUUGAUUUGUGUACUACUAAUCAAUGACAGCUGCAGUUAAUUUUACGUCUCGUUUUCUUGCCACUUUUCCCUUUUGUACAGUUUUGGUUUGAGGGGGGGCUUUUUCUUCUUUGGGUGUGGGUGUUGACUGUUGAAGGAGGGUUUCUUUCGGCUAUUUAAUCUUCUUUAUGGGUGUUGAUAUGAUAUAUUGGUUGCUGUCCAAUGAAUCUAACAGUUAAGGAGAUAAGUGCUGUAGACUUGACUUGGGGAGUAUAAAUGGAGAACAAAAUUGAAUCUUAUGGUAGCAGUUUGGUUAGCCACAUGCGAAGAUUAUUGUUUCGUGUUCUAUCUGUAGGUCCAAUUCCAAACCAUAUUGCCUUUAUUUUAGAUGGAAAUCGAAGGUAUGCUAAGAAGCGAAACCUCGGAGAGGGGAUGGGUCAUAGAGUCGGCUUUUUGACUCUCACGUCUCUGAUGAAGUACUGCUAUGAAUUGGGUGUGAAAUACGUAACUGUAUAUGCUUUCAGCAUCGAUAACUUCAAAAGACGGCCUGAGGAAGUUCAGGAUUUGAUGGAUUUAAUGCUGGAGAAAAUUGAAGGAUUGCUCAAGGAAGAAAGUAUCGUGAAUCAGUUUGGAGUCAGGGUUUAUUUUAUAGGGAACUUGAGACUUUUGAACGCCCCUGUUCGGGAGGCUGCUGAAAAGGUGAUGAAAGCUACCGCAAACAACAACAAGAGCAUUCUUCUGAUUUGUGUGGCCUAUACUUCAACUGAUGAAAUUACGCAUGCUGCUCAAGAAGCUAUUGAAGAGAAGCGGGGUGAAAUCCCAGAGUCAAGUGAAGCAAGUAUGGCCCAAAAUGGUGAAAUAAGUCAAGAAAAGCACGAGGGACAUCGUACAAUAAAGCUAGCGGAUAUUGAGAGGCACAUAUAUAUGGGAGUAGCUCCGGAUCCUGAUAUUCUGGUUCGAACGUCUGGCGAGACUCGUCUUAGCAAUUUUCUCCUUUGGCAGUCUUCAACCUGCCUUUUGUAUUCCCCCAAGGCGCUAUGGCCAGAGAUUGGUUUACGACACUUAGUAUGGGCGGUGUUGAACUUUCAAAGAGUUCAUCCGUACUUAGAGAAGAGACGGAAGCAGGUAUAAUAUAUUUUCUGUGGUAAUUUACAUGGAUGCAGGAAAAUGCUAAUGGAAAUUACUGGGAAACGGGCACGUUGUCUUAAAUACUUGAGCCUAUCCAUCCUCCUUUACUUCUAUUUUCCUAUUGACAUGAGGCUCGAAACUGGGAUUGGCUUUUAAGUUAGUGGCUCUGAUUCCUCUGAAGAUUCAAUGUAGCAUGUUAAAUUAUGUUUUUUCAUUUCCCUGUUAUGUACUUUGAUACUAGCAAUUUCGUUGUUUAAUAUACAGGGAAAAAUUAUACCUUUUUAUGCCUCGUUGAAUACAAAUGCUUAGGACUA